AUGGCCUUCCUGUCUGCAGGCAAAGGAGCCGGAUCCUCCCAGCCCCUGCCAUGGCUACUGCCCAGCGAGUAUGUCUUCAUCCUCCUGGAUUCCAAAGCCUCCCAGGUUGAACUGGGCUGGACUGCACUGCCGAGCAAUGGGUGGGAGGAGAUCAGCGGUGUGGACGAGCACGACCGUCCCAUCCGCACGUACCAGGUGUGCAACGUGCUGGAGCCCAACCAGGACAACUGGCUGCAGACGGGCUGGAUCGGCCGCGGCCGCGGGCAGCGCAUCUUCGUGGAGCUGCAGUUCACGCUGCGCGACUGCAGCAGCAUCCCCGGCGCCGCGGGCACCUGCAAGGAGACGUUCAACGUCUACUACCUGGAAACCGAGGCCGACCUGGGCCGCGGGCGUCCCCGGCCAGGCAGCAGCCGGCCCCGCAAGAUCGACACGAUCGCCGCGGACGAGAGCUUCACUCAGGGCGACCUCGGCGAGCGCAAGAUGAAGCUGAACACCGAGGUGCGCGAGCUGGGGCCGCUCAGCCGGCCCGGUUUCCACCUGGCCUUCCAGGACGUGGGCGCAUGCGUGGCGCUGGUCUCCGUGCGCAUGAAUCUCAUCACACAUCUGCAGCGGGAGAGCAGGUGCCUGGGCUCAGCUUUUCGCUCCAUUCUCAGGAUUUAUCAGGCUCUCAUUUUCAUCCAGUCACGUUCCGAUGGCUCUUGGAUCUCCAUCCUCCUCGCAGACACCUCUCGGCCCUGGGAGGAGGAUGAGAUUCGCAGGGACCGAGUGGAACCCCAGAGCGUGUCCCUGUCAUGGCGGGAGCCCAUCCCUGCUGGAGCCGCUGGGGCCAAUGGCACAGAAUACGAGAUCCGCUACUACGAGAAGGGUCAGAACGAGCAGACGUACUCCACCGUGAAGACAGGGGCGCCUGCGGUCACCGUCACCAACCUGAAGCCAGCUACUCGCUACAUCUUUCAGAUCCGGGCGGCUUCCCCGGGGCCCUCCUGGGAGACGCAGAGCUUCAGCCCCAGCAUUGAAGUACAGACCCCAGGGGAGGCUGCCUCCGGCUCCAGGGACCAGAGCCCCGCAGUUGUCGUCACCGUGGUGACCAUCUCAGCCCUCCUUGUCCUGGGCUCUGUGAUGAGCGUGCUGGCCAUUUGGAGGAGGCCCUGCAGCUAUGGCAAAGGAGGUCAGGAUGCCCACGAUGAGGAGGAGCUGUAUUUCCACUUCAAAGUGCCGACUCGCCGCACGUUCAUGGACCCCCAGAGCUGUGGGGACCCACUGCAGGCCGUUCACCUGUUUGCCAAGGAGCUGGAUGCGAAAAGCGUCACAGUGGAGAAGAGCCUCGGAGCAGGGCGGUUUGGGGAGCUGUGCUGUGGCCGCCUGCAGCUCCCUGGCCGCCAGGGGCUCCCGGUGGCUGUGCACACACUGAGGGAAGGCUGCUCCGACUCCCAGAGGCUCAGUUUCCUGGCCGAGGCCCUCACGCUGGGGCAGUUUGACCACAGCAACGUCGUGCGGCUGGAGGGGGUUGUCACCCGAGGAAGCACCCUGAUGAUCGUCACUGAGUACCUGAGCCACGGGGCCCUGGACGGCUUCCUCAGGCGGCACGAGGGCCAGAUGGUGGCCGGGCAGCUGCUGGGGCUGCUGCCUGGGCUGGCGUCAGCCAUGAAGUAUCUGUCAGAGAUGGGCUACGUUCACCGGGGCCUGGCCGCCCGCCGCGUGCUGGUCAGCAGUGGCCUUAUCUGCAAGAUUUCCGGCUUUGGGCGGGGACCUCGGGACCGAGCAGAGGCUGUCUACACCACCAUGAGUGGCCGGAGCCCGGCGCUGUGGGCCGCCCCCGAGACGCUGCAGUUCGGCCACUUCAGCUCUGCCAGCGACGUGUGGAGCUUCGGUGUUGUCAUGUGGGAGGUGAUGGCGUUUGGGGAGCGGCCCUACUGGGACAUGUCCAGCCAGGACGUAAUCAAGGCCGUGGAGGAUGGCUUCCGGCUGCCGCCCCCCAGGAACUGCCCUUCCCCCCUGCACCGGCUGAUGCUGGACUGCUGGCAGAAGGACCCGGGUGAGCGGCCCAGGUUCUCCCAGAUCCACAGCAUCCUGAGCAAGAUGGUGCAGGACCCAGAUCCCCCGAAGUGUGCUACGGCCCCCUGUCCCAGGCCACCCACUCCCCUGGCGGACCGUGCCUUCUCCACCUUCCCCUCCUUUGGCUCCGUGGGCGCCUGGCUGGAGGCCCUGGACCUGGGCCGCUACAAGGACAGCUUCACGGCAGCUGGCUAUGGGAGCCUGGAGGCCGUGGCCGCCAUGACUGCGCAAGACCUGGUGAGCUUGGGCAUCUCGUCGGCAGAACAUCGGGAGGCCCUCCUCAGUGGGGUCAGCGCCCUGCGGGCACGAGUGCUCCAGCUGCAGGGCCAGGGGGUGCAGGUGUGAGCAGCCCCCACUCUUCAGGCCGGGACUCCAGUGGGCUGCAGACCCCGUCUUGACAGCACCCUGGCAAGCUGCGCUCCACCGUGCAGAAGUGAGCACUC